AUGUCAGACAAGCCGAUCUUUGUGGCUACGCAUCCGCGAGCAUGCUCGACGGCCUUUGAGCGAGUGUUCAUGACUCAGCGAGAUAUUAUCCAAUGUGUCCAUGAGCCGUUCGGUGAUGCAUUCUAUUAUGGCCCAGAGCGCCUAUCUAGCCGAUUCGCAGGCGAUGAACAUGCGCAAGAACGCGUGGAUAGUGGAUUCGCCAACUCGACAUAUAGUACCGUGAUGGAAAGGCUGGAGCGAGAAGCUACACAGGGAAAGAGAGUCUUUAUCAAAGAUAUCGACCACUAUUUGCUCCCACCGAAUGGUCAGCCCGCCAGCAUUGCCCCUUCUCUACUGCGCGUUAAGCGAGGAGUCGGCACCAACGGCGACUCGACGGCUAACGGUGUGAACGGUGCCAACGGCACUCACACCAAUGGCCACUCUGUCACGCCAAACGGUCACACCAACGGGGUUAACGGAGCCUCGAAUGGAACCAACGGCACGACGAACGGUGUGAACGGUCACACCAAUGGAAUAUCCAAGGAACCCUACCCGUACGACACGCCCGCAGAGCUGGGAAACCCAACGGUGAUGCCUCGCGAGCUGCAAGAGAAGUUCCACUGGGCAUUCCUAAUUCGUGACCCGCACUACAGCGUGCCGUCGUACCUGCGGUGCACGAUCCCACCUCUGGACGAGGUGACCGGGUUCCACAACUACGACCCGCUGGAGGCCGGGUACGAUGAGCUCCGCCGACACUUCGAUUAUCUGCGAGAUACUGGAUUGGUCGGGCCCCGGGUUGCAACGCGCCCGGAGCUGAACGCCCAGACUGAUGCGCAGGCGCCGGCUGGCGUUGAGGUCUGUGUUAUCGACGCGGAUGAUAUGCUCGAUGAGCCGGCGAAGACCAUCGAGGCUUUCUGUAACAGUGUUGGUUUGCCGUACCGCCCGGAAAUGCUGUUUUGGGAUAACGAGGAGGAACAUGCUGUUGCUCGGAAUGCGUUCGAGAAGUGGCGUGGAUUCCAUAAUGAUGCUAUUGAGUCGAAGGCUCUGGAGCAGAGAACUCAUAAACGUGCUGUCAAGACCGAGGAACAGUUUGACGCCGAGUGGCAGAAGAAGUACGGUGAGAAGCAAGCUGCUCUCAUCCGCCGAACCGUCGACGCCAACAUGGCCGACUAUCUGUACCUCAAGUCAUUUGUCGUGAAGGUCUAG